CCUGUGUACAAGUGAAAAAGGUAAAGCCUGCAAAAAGAAGAAAGACUCGUCGAGUCGACUCAAGACUUUCUUCGUUUUCUUGUUUUUGUUUCCCGCUCACUUUUCUUCUGUUUCUUUUUUUUUUUUUUUUCCUUUUUAUAUACGCAUAGGCAUAGUCUCUUUUUCCAUUACUCUCACUGCCAUUAACGCCAGAGACUGGAGCUGGAGAAGAAAAAGAUCAUCUAUGGAGGGCGACGCAGGAAAAGAUUUGGGAUGCCAGAAGACUAUGGCUGGGAAGGCGAAUGAUGAAAAUGGUUCUGCAGAGAAUAUCCCUUCUUGUUGCUUGAAAGCUAAGGCGUCAACCCCUGAGCUUGAGGCCAAAUGCCACUCCACUGUUGUUUCUGGGUGGUUUACAGAAAAUAAGGCUGGCAAAAGGGUUUUCUUCAACAACCCAAUGUGGCCUGGAGAAGCACAUUCUUUGGAAGUGAAAAAUAUUUUAUUCAAGGAAAAGUCAGAAUACCAAGAGGUCUUGGUUUUUCAGUCAUCAUCUUAUGGAAAAGUGCUUGUUCUUGAUGGAAUCAUUCAGCUGACCGAGAAAGAUGAAUGUGCCUACCAGGAGAUGAUAGCUCAUCUUCCCCUUUGUUCUCUUCCAUCUCCAAAAAAUGUUCUAGUUGUUGGUGGUGGUGAUGGUGGUGUUCUUAGGGAGAUUUCUCGUCACAGUUCUGUCGAGCUUAUCGAUAUAUGUGAGAUUGAUCAGAUGGUUAUAGAUGUUUCUAAGAAGUUUUUUCCAGAGUUGGCUGUUGGAUUUGAGGACCCUCGUGUCCAAGUGCAUAUUGGUGAUGCUGCUGAAUUUCUCCGAAAUGUGCUUCCGGGGAAAUAUGAUGCAAUUAUUGUCGAUUCGUCAGAUCCUGUAGGCCCUGCCCAAGAGCUCGUAGAGAAGCCAUUUUUUGAGACAAUUGCUAGAGCAUUAAAGCCUGGUGGUGUCCUCUGUAAUAUGGCAGAAAGUAUGUGGCUUCAUACACACCUAAUUGAAGAUAUGAUCUCUAUCUGCCGGGAAACAUUCAAGGGUUCUGUCCAUUAUGCCUGGGCAAGUGUUCCAACUUACCCAAGUGGUGUGAUUGGGUUUCUAGUAUGCUCAACAGAGGGGCCUCCUAUUGAUUUCAUCAACCCUAUCAAUCCUAUUGAAAAGCUAGAAGGAGCUCCUAAACAUAAAAGAGAACUUAGGUUCUAUAACUCAGAGAUUCACUCUGCUGCGUUUGCUUUGCCAUCAUUUCUGAGGAGGGAGGUGAGUGUACUUCGUGAUCCCCCAACUGCAACACAACAAAUCCCCGUUUCUUAAGCAAGCUAUAGCCGUGCUCUAUUGAAUUACUCUGAUUAGUGAGACUCAUUUACUAGCAUUGGAGAUAGUCUAAUAGGGCAAUUACCACAUAUGUAAUGAAGAUGAAGCAUGCGAUAACCACUGCCGCUUGAGGGUUUAGUGAGACAGGAUUUAAUUCUAAGCAUGUAUGAUGUUCUAGUAUGAUAAGUAAUAGAUGGACUGUUAUAAUA